AUGGAAGAGAGAAAUGAUGUUGAGAAACUUGAUGAAGUUAUGUUACCAGGGUUUAGGUUUCAUCCAACUGAUGAGGAGCUUGUUGGGUUCUAUCUCAAGAGAAAAAUUCAACAGAGGCCUUUGUCUAUUGAGCUCAUCAAGCAGCUUGAUAUCUAUAAAUAUGAUCCUUGGGAUCUUCCAAAGUUGGCCAGUACAGGAGAGAAAGAGUGGUAUUUCUACUGUCCAAGAGACAGAAAAUACAGAAACAGUGCAAGGCCUAAUAGGGUAACUGGAGCAGGGUUCUGGAAAGCUACAGGGACUGAUAGGCCUAUUUACUCCUCAGAAGGUUCCAAGUGUAUUGGCCUUAAGAAAUCCUUAGUCUUUUACAAAGGCAGAGCUGCCAAAGGAGUAAAAACUGAUUGGAUGAUGCAUGAGUUCAGGUUACCUUCUCUCACUGACUCACUAUCCCCAAAGAAGUUCAUAGACAAGACCAUUCCAGUUAAUGAAUCUUGGGCAAUCUGCAGGAUAUUCAAGAAAACCAAUUCUACAGCUCAGAGAGCUGUGUCACACUCUUGGGUCUCUUCAAUACCUGAAACAAGAACCUCUGAUAUGCUAACCCAAAAUCAGGAAAUCACCCAGUUUUGUUCAGGCAACAUGCCAUUGACAAAGAAAACUAGCUUAGCCAACCAGUUCUGUAUUAACAACUGUGAUAUCCAACACUUAACCACUAAUAGUAGUACUCUUUGUCCUUUAGAUAUUGCCUCUUAUAAAUCCAUUAUUAACCCGUUGCUUUACAAAGCCUUUGAUCAUUUGCCAAUACCUAAUAAUGGAGACCUUAGCACUAGCAUGAUAUUCUCAUCUCCACUUGAAACAUGUAAUACUAAUGCAAAAUCCACAAUGGAUAUUUCAUCCAUGUUGUUGAAUAUGUCAUCCUCAGUGCUUGGAGAUUUUAGUAAGACCAAUGAGGACACAACUACAAACUAUGGUGGUGGGUUGCAAGAGCACUGUAAUAGCUAUCCAAUUCCAUUUCUACGUGAGAUGCAAGCCACAUUUGGAAACCAAUAUGAUAAUGCAUUGGUAAAGGUAGCUAAUGUGAACAUGCCUCGUGUUGAUGACCAAGAGUUGGAGACAGUAGUACCAUCCAUUGGUUUUCCUUUCAAUAUUGGCGAUGCAUGGAAGUCAAAUCUGCUUUGGGAUGAUUCAUCUUGUCCUUGUGAUGUGCCCUCUAGUUAUUCCACAACCAAGUGCUAUACUUAA